AUGCCUCAAGUGGCCUACUUGCGCUCUUCGAAGUUGGCUGGUGCCCAUGCUAGCGUCAUAACCUGCCUCUGCCUGAGUCCUAAUGGGCUUUUCCUCGCCGUCGGCUCUCUCGAAGGAAAGGUCUCUGUAUGGUCGACAAAGACUGGCCGCCUCUUCUUUGUGGUGGAAGGACCCGUUCCUGUUCUAUCUUUAGUGUGGAAACCCUCGUCUGAAUAUGAGUUUUUCAUUGGACAAUCAAACGGCACCCUAGUGCAUGUUCACAUUCGGAAGCAUGAAAUAUAUGCAACCGGAUUUAGCGCUCACUCUGAUGUUCCUAUCGAGUCAUUAGCCAUCAACGAGUGCUAUCUGGCAACUGGUGGAUGCAACGAAGUGCAUGUUUGGAGGGUGGACGAACAUCUGAUAAUUUCGCCGCUAUCUCAGCUGCACAAGAGCCCGGCUAUCAAGUUGAAUGCGCAACGCCCCGUGUUGAUAAGCGGGCUGCAUUGGAUCAAAAGCUCGCACUCCUCCAAUGUCCUCGUUGUCUGA